UUGUAGAGAAGGCAUUUAUAACUCCUCAAUCCAACUAAAAUGUCGUGGACAAAUCGCAGAGAGAGAGAGAAAGAGAGAUGGCUUGGAAGAAUCUAUCUGUUCUUCGCAUCGUGUUGGUAAUCCUAUCGCUCUCUCUGACUGUGGCAUCAACUUCUUCUCAGAGUUUGGCGAAGCCUGGCUGCCAAGAAAAAUGUGGGAAAGUGAGCAUCCCAUAUCCCUUUGGGGUUGGAAAUGAUGAUUCAGACUGUUUCAGAGACUCAAAUUUCCACUUAGUUUGUAACACUUCAUCUGGCGAUCCAGUGCUUCUUCAUUCUGGUGGAGGAAACAUACCCUUCCGGAAUAUCUCGUUAGAAGGCCAAUCCACUGUCUAUUUCCGGAUUGCUAGCGACUGUUACAAUGAGUCUGGCGGCAGAACUUCUGACGGGUCCGAAAAAGUAGAUAUCACACUGGCAAAAAUAUCCAGCUUCUCGAGCACCCGAAACAAAUUCACGGCGAUCGGUUGCGACACCAAGGCCUACAUGUCGAGUUCAUUGUCAUCAGGUUAUUCUUUUACGAGCGGUUGCAUCUCAGCUUGUUCGACCAACGAAAUUCUGAUUAAUGGUUCCUGUUCCGGCAUUGGAUGCUGCCAGACUUCCAUUCCAAAUGGUCUUCAUACCUAUAACGUCAGCCUCUCCAGCUUUUACGACCACACCUACUCGUUGGACUUCAAUCCCUGCAGCUAUGCCUUCCUGGCUGACCAAGAUUGGUUUAAUAACUUCAAUUUCUCCUCACCCGACCUCAUGGAUCUCCCCAAGAAGARGCUUCCGAUCCGUUACGACGGAGCCCCUGUAACUCCAGUGGUGCUGGACUGGGUAAUCCCCGACGACAACUGCACCUAUGCAAUAAAGAAUCGGACGAGCUACGCAUGUGGAAACAACACCUAUUGCUCCGAUUCCUCCAACCCCACCGGCGGCUAUAAUUGUCACUGUAAGCAAGGUUACCGGGGGAACCCUUAUCUACCCCAAGGAUGCCAAGACAUUGAUGAAUGCAAGGAAGACAAUAACUGCACACAUAUUUGCACAAAUACAGUGGGGAGUUACUCUUGUUUGUGUCCCAAGGCGACUCACGGUGACGGAUUGUACGGAGGAUCUGGUUGAUCCAAGUUUGUCAAUUUUCUAGUAUUUUA